UAGGAGUGAAUUACACAGAGAUGUGCACUCCCUUUGUCGCAGAUUUCAAUCCACUGGUAUAUCUGGGUCAUACGGAUGUAGUGGAGAAUUUUCUUGAACAUGGGGCUGAAAUUGAGGCCCAGUCUGAGAGGACCAAGGAUACCCCACUAUUGUUGGCCUGCUCCGGGGGCAGAAAUGAGGACUUACAGAAGUGUCAGCAGUGCUUUGAGAUAAUCGUUCAGGCAAAGGACCGUCAGGCGGCAGAGGCCAAUAAGAACGAAAACAUCUUGCUGGAGCAGCUUGAUAAGGAACGGCAGGAGGAGGAGAAUAGGAGAGCAGUUGCAGCCAAGAAGCGUGAGAAGGAAAAGAAGAAGAAGCAGAAACAGGAGUCAACCAAGGAUAAUGAGAAUGAAAGUAACAGCAAGAAUUCAGGUCCAGAGCCUGGGGCAAAGGGCACCCACUGUAUUAAACUGCAAGUGAAGAGCAAUGAAGGGGAGGUUAUCAUACAGCCCCAUUCAACCACCUCUACCCUCGUGGAUAUGCCGUCUGGUAAAGAUGAAGUCAAAGAGUCAGGCCAGAUGCCCAUUAUGAUGCCUGUGCAGAGCUUUGGCAAGCGACACAACCACUUGAAAAAAAGGUCUGCAGGUGAUGCAAAAAGAUCAGUUGUUGUUCGCAGAACAAAUAUUACAAAAGUAUUUUGCAAAUUUGCAAGAGCUUCUUUUGUUGGUCUGUUCAUGUUAACUCAAAUGCCUUGUGCUAAUUCUUGCCCACCUUACCUGAGUGAUCAUCAGGUCGCUGUUGGAGGCAAUCACACUGCAUGUUUGCAGCUGACUUCUGGAAUCGAUUACGCAGUUUAUGUAGAUGAUUUUUUUAUUGGCUUAUGUAACCUUUUCAAUGGAUUAGGUCAAGGGUCGGUGGAAAAUGAAUAUCAUAACAAUUAUCAGGUAAGCGUUAACAACACAGAUUGCUGUGUAACCCUAUACAAAGUAUCCUGUGGUGACAAGAGCAUUUGUGCCAAAGCGACAGGAAUUAACAACUCUGUCUGUUGCUCACUACCAGUUCAGUGCUACCCACAUGUCGACCAUGAUAACAAUGUUCCGGUGUGGGUACCAGUACUUGUGUCUUUUGCUGUUGUGAGUGCUGUUGCCCUACUGAUGAUUUUGAUCUGGUGCAUUUGCAAAAAUAAAUCGAAAAAGAUGUACCCACAAUUGAGAAAUUCAAUGUUUUACCACAAAGUUUAACAAAGGCCUGUCUUAAAUUAAUCCCAUUAGGGGAACAGAAUUCAUAAUUUUUAGAAAAGACUAAAUUUGAAUAAAUAAUUUAAAGUAAGUUUUUAGCUUACCUGAACACAAUGUGCUCAGUGUGAGCUUUUACAAUCAGUCUGGCUUUUAUUUUCAUGCAGCAUGUAACUUUUAGCUUGUUAACACUUCAUUAGUUCAAUGCAGGCAUCAUGGUUGGAGCAGCACAACACAUUUGAAACUGUUGGGAUUUGUAUUAUUCUUUCUCUCAAGUAAAUGCUUCAGAGUUUAUAUGUCACUUGAUGUGUUUUUGUUACCUUUCAAAUGUACAUAUAAUUUUUGUUAAAUAUCUAUUGAAAUAACCACAAAUUUACCGAAAACAAUCCAGUUAAAGCAAUAAACAAAGUACGAAAAAUAAAAAUAUGAAUAUUUACAUCUGUUUUACAUAUUUUUUUAUUUCCAUAUCGUUUGUUUAAAGACACUGGGUAUUUAAUGUAAAGUUCUAUCGGCUCAUAAUCUUCAAUUUCAUAAUUUUAAUACAUAUAUUAAAGAAAACUGACCGUUUUUUAGCAAGGCUGUUUUCAUAGAAAACCCGAGGUAUUGUCAAAGCCUGCUCGUCGUCUGCCGUUCGCGGCGUCGUGCUAAAACCUUUACAUUGGCUCUAAAAUCAAAGUGCUUCCACCUGCAUUUUUGAGACUUCACAUAUAGAUGCACCUUGAUGAGUUCUACACGCCACACCCAUUUCGGGUCACUAGGUUAAAGGUCAAGGUCACUUUUACCUCUAUAAAAAAUAAUUCUGACAAGCUUUCGCAGCCGAGCGUGGCACCCGUUAUGUGGUGCUCUUGUUAGUUUAAAUUUUCCCAGCCUGGGUCUGUUGGGAGUAACUGUUUUAUUCUUUAUUAUAUUGAUAUGUUACAUCAGAUUGUAGUCCUCUGCAAAUAUUUUUGGAAUAAAACCCUUUAGUUCUAAACUGGCAACGUCCCAUUUCACAAAAGAGUGUUCUAAUGUAAUAUUUGCCUUUUAUAUUGUUAUUUAAGACCAUUCCAAAUAUAACAUACAGAUGUUAGUAAAUCAUUUAAAUGGAUGUAGGAGCACUUGAAAAAAUACGACAAUCUUUUCUGUGAACAAGUUCCGUUUAUGUGAUUUUGUGGGAAUGUUUAUUUUGAUAAAUAUGUUUUCCGAGUUCUAAUCUUGAUCAUUUGUGUACUUAAACUGUUUCAAUGGAUGAAACAUUAAAAAAAUUCAAACCAUUUUAGAAUCUAAAAUAAUAACUGAAUCUUGAAGAAAUAUGCGCUGAAUGUUUAUAAUGUCUAGAACAAGUUGGAAUCUGGAUCAUUUGUGUCAAAAACUUGAUCCCAAGGUCAAAAUGCAAUACACCUCUUGAUUCCACAAAAUACGACCUAGUCUUGAUGACAAUUAGUAAGAAUAAAUAUCUUGACAUAAACUUUACAUAAAUUAAGCAAUUUUCAAAUAUUGGUCAUGAGUGCCUUACAACUUGAUCGCCAGGUGCAAUGAUUGAACAAAAACUUGGCAAAAUGUUUGUCUUGACAAUAUCUAGGCCAAGUUUUAAGCUGGGCCACUUGCAUCACCAGGUAAUUUGGGGUCACCACUUGGUCCUCAGGUCAAUUGUUUGACAAUUGAUGUACCUUAAACUCAGGUGAAUGCUUAAAGGUCAUCAUAUCCCGUUUUGUUAUUUUUACCCAGAUUACCUUAGCAACAUUUCAGCCUACCAUAUUUUCUUCAGUAAAAUUAAUUAUCGUAUAUCUUUGUUAUUCUUUUAAGCUCACCUUGACGGGAAAUGCUAUUUGUGUCAGUCUAUUUCAGGUUUUCUGUGUCUUCAACUUUUUAGCUCAUUACCACUCUAGCCAUAUUUUUAUCCAAUAUAAUAUAAGUGUAUCAGAUUGUUAAUGUUUGCAAUGAACAGAUCUGGGUCGUUGGUGUUCAAAAACCAGGUCAAAUUUUCGUUACCUUGUUUCAUCUCUAUAAGCAAACUAUAUAACAAUACCUUGGGAAGCUUUAAUCUAGGUCAUGAGCCUCGAAAAACUAAGUCACCUGGUCAGCUAUGAGAACAAAGUGAACUUUUGCAUAAAUGGACUCACUAUUGAAGUUUUCUUCUGUUGUCUGAAAUUUCAGAGUUUUGCUGCAAACAUGUGUGUGAUGUUAUGUUGCUUUUCAAUUUCAAGAAGCUGUUUUGUGUUGAUGUAGUCGUGAGUAUGAUUUUGUAAAAUGACUGUUUCAUUAUUGUCUCCAUCUGCUGUUGUGUGAAAGUAUGCUAAUAUCUCUGCUAGUGCUAUUUUUAUUCAGCUUAAAUUACAGACAUGUAAAGUGUCAUAAUUGUUAACACAUUGUUAACUGUGGCCAUGAUUAGUUUAGCUGAAUUGUGCCACUUUUUUUACUUAAGAAAUACAGUAUUCAAGUGUUUCAAUGUCUUAUUUGUUUGGCAAUUGUAUGGUCAUGUGUGGUCAAAGUAUGCAUUUUAUCAAAGCAGAAUCCACCAAUAAAGCUUAUUAUCAUGAUAAAGCAAUUUUUAUUCAAAUUUGAUGCGAAUAUUUUGACACAAAUUUGUGUUUUCAAAUCUGUAAAUAAAUACAACCAAGUUUUGUAUAUGUUAAAUUAAUUGUAUCGAAAAAAUGGAUUCUUAAUGAAAUUAUGUGGACAUUGUAUAUUUACAUUCAGAUUUAUUUCAAGCAAGGUCUGUUCUUGUUUUACAAGUUUUAUCAAACUAUACAUUAUUUAAUAUAAUACACACAUAUUUUGUUAUACCCCCAUUACCAUUGGUAAUAGGGUCUUUAUAGGAGUCACUUUGUCUAUCGGUCUGUCCCGAAAAUUUCAUCCGAUCUUCAUCAAACUUGGUCAGAAGUUGUAUCAAGAUGAUGUCUGGUCAAGUUUGAAUAUGGGUUAUCCCGGGUCAAAAACUAGGUCACUGGGUCACUUUGUGCUUUUUAAACCGAUAGAAUGUCCAGACAAUAACUAUGUCAUUUAUCGUUAGAUUUUAAUAUGACUUGGUACAUUUGUUCACCAUCAUGGGACGGUGUAUCAUGCAAAAGAAGAACGUCAAUAUCUCCAAGGUCAAGGUCACACUUGGAGUUACUCAUACAUGAGCUUGUCCGGGCCAUAACUUUGAUAUUUAUUGUGAGACUUAAAAAUCAUUUGGCACAUUUGUUCACCAUUUUUGGACGGUGUGGCAUGCGAAAGAAUUACGUCGAUAUCUCCAUUGCCAAGGUCACACUUUUGAGUUCAAAGGUCAAAAAUGGCAUAAGUGAGAUUGUCGGGGCCAUAACUAUGUCGUUCAUUGCGAGAUUUUAAAAUCAUUUGGCACAUUUGUUCACCAUCAUUGGACGUUUGUCAUUCAAAAAUUUAUGUCGAUAACACAAAGGUCAAGGUCACACUUUGAGUUCAAAGGUCAAAAAUGGCCAUAAAUGCGCUUGUCCGGGACAUAACUAUGUCAUUCAUUGUGAGUUUUUUUUAAUUAUUUGGCACAUUUGUUCACAAUCAUUGGACGGUGUGUUAUGCGGAAGAAUUACGUCGAUAUCUGCAACGUCAAGGUCACACUUUGAAUUCAAAGGUCAAAAAUGGCCAUAAAUGAUCUUGUCCGGGCCAUAACUAUGUCAUUCUUUGUGAGAUUUUAAAAUAACUCUGUACAUUUGUACACAAUCAUUGGGCGGUAUGUCAUGCGAAAGAAUAAAGUUGAUAUCUCCAAGGUCAGUGUCACACUUUGAGUUCAAAGGUCAAAAAUGGCCAUAAAUGAUAUUGUCCGGGCCAUAACUAUGUCAUUCAUUGUGAGAUUUUAAAAUGAUUCUGUACAUUACUUUUUAUUCACAGUCAAUGCAGCAUGUGGGGUGUAUGUCACGAUUGUGACAAAGCUCUAGUUUCAAAUGUUAUAUAUGUAUCUACAACGUUGUCUUCAUCUUAAACCAUUAUAUUUGUUGCUUUAAUAUUGUUUUUAUUUUCAUUUCUUUUUUGUUGUUGUUAUUUGACUGUUAUCAUAAGUCCAUACAUGCAUGUUAUUGAUAUUUCUGUACGCAUUUUUCCAAUAAAAUUGUCUCUUUA